AGCAAACACCGCCUCGACGUGCGAAUUAACUAUAUCCCUUCCUUAAACCCUCCUUCACCAGUGUCAACCUUGAGGCGGCUCCUACCCCACCAGAACUCAAUACAACUCGCAAUGUACACCUCAUCGAUGGCCACCGCGCUGCUGUAUGCGCUCCCACUGAUCGGCUCCGCCACCGGCUUCCCGGCACCCAACGCCGUCCCCGAGCGCAAAUGGGCGCUGACUAUCGACCGCCCCGAGCGCUUUUCGCACACGCACUACAAGGGCCGGGUGAUCCCCAAAGCCGUCGAGCUCCCGGCGUGGGCUUCAACGCCCCUCACCACGCUAGAGAAAGACAUCACCACGACCGCCAACGACGCCAUCGCCAACCUCUUCACCUACCGCGACGCCGACUUCGACUUCAAGAACAUCUCGUGGUGGCAAGUCGGCAACGCCUACGCCGCCGUUGCCUCCUACGACCUAUUCAUGGGCCCCGCGCACCAGCAGCAAGUAACCGAAGGGCUGCACCGGCUGAUCGAGCGGGGCGACUCCGGCCAAUCCGAUCCCGUCGGGCUCGAGAACCAAUUCAACGACGACUCACUGUGGUGGGCGCUGGCGUGCGUGGACGCGUACCAGGUGUAUGGCGACGCCGCAUGCGCCACUGAAGCAAAACGGCUAUGGCAGUGGGUGAAGGACACCUCGCUGGUGGUGCAGACCGGCAUCGCGCCGAACAUGGGCGGGAUCCAGCGCACCGCCGUCAUCAGCGACCAGUGCGCGCUCGAGUACGGCACCUACUGGACUACUAAGCCCGAGGAGUUCUAUCUCAACAGCAUCACUACCGGCCUCAUGGCCCAGGCGUCCGCGAGGAUCAAUGAGGCCGUCGGCGCAAGCAAUGAGCUCGUCGAUGUCGCCCAAGGGACUAUUAAGUUCCUCAGGAACCACACUGUUGAUGCAGGCCAGCUGCUUGUCAACUGGGACGGCGUCGAGGGCGAUAAGUGCAGCGUCAGCCCGGGUGCCUACACCUACAACACCGGAGUGUACCUCGCCGCGCUCGUCUCCCUUUUCCACGCGUCAGGGGACACCACAUUCCUCCACGAAGCAGAGGAGGUCGCCUACGCCUCAAUGGAAACAGCAUACUGGACGGACGGCGCGGGGCUUAUCACAGACGGCAAAGGCCUGGUGGACAAUAGCGACGGCGCGGGGUUCCGGUCGAUCCUCCUGCGCGCGCUGGUGCGCCUGUACAAGGCCACGUCCAACGAAGACGUCAAGACGGAGAUGCGCGGGUUCGUUAAUUUGAACUUUAAUAUGAUGUACACCCAGGCGAGGAGCGGCGACGACUACGAUAUUAAUUGGUUCGGCCCGUUUACCAAGAGAACCGUUUGGGGGCAGUUUGUCGCCGUUGAUCUCCUUGCGGCAGCCGCGAUAAUGAAUACGCAGUAGAGCGGGGGGCGACUGGGUGAGGCGUUGGAAGGAUUGGAGGAGGAUUACUACUGUACGAUACGAUACUUACUUUCUAUUUUCUAUUUGUGGG